GUACGUAUAUAAACUAGGAGGAAGAUCACGAUCAGUGCAAACUCUUCCACGUGCUCGUAUGUCUAAGAUGAAAGCCCUGAUUGUUAUAGGCACUUUGUGCCUCUGCGCUUGCGCUUUAGCUGCCGAGACCGAGAAAAAGGAGGAGAAAAAGGAGGUGAAACAGGUCGCGGAGGAAAGCAAAAAGCAGGACAAACGGGGUAUUUUACUUGGAGACCAUGGCUGGAGUGGAGGUGACAUAGGAGGACACAGUUUUGGAGGCGGCGGCGACAUUGGAGGAGGAUACGGAGGUGGUUAUGGGGGAGGUUACGGGGGAGGUUAUGGAGGACAUGAUGAGCACGUGAAAACCAUCGUGGUAGAAAAGAAGGUUCCAGUCCCAUACACCGUUACUAAACAUGUCCCCUAUACUGUGGAGAAGAAGGUACCUUAUGAGGUUAAAGUGCCAGUGCCACAGCCCUACACCGUGGAAAAGAAGGUUCCCUACCCAGUGAAGGAAAUCAUCAAAGUGCCUUACAUAGUGCAUCAGCCCUACGAGGUGAUCAAAAAGGUCCCCUAUGAAGUGAAGGUGCCAGUGCCCAGGCCCUACGAAGUCAAAGUGAACGUGCCCCAACCCUACACGGUGGAGAAGAAAAUCCCGGUACCCGUGAAGGUGCCAGUGCCACAACCCUACACCGUCUACAAGAAAGUUCCCUACCCAGUCAAGUAUGAAGUAUCAGUUCCCCAACCCUACACCGUUGAGAAGAAGGUACCAUAUGAAGUUAAGGUGCCAGUAGACAGGCCGUAUACAGUCCAUGUACCCAAACCAUACCAUGUUACGGUGGAGAAACAUGUUCCCUACCAGGUAGACAAGCCAGUGCCCUAUGAAGUGAAGGUACCCGUGGAUAGGCCCUACCCAGUUGAAGUACCCAAGCCCGUGCCCUACCCAGUCAAGGUACCAUACCCACAACCCUACACUGUUGAAAAGAAAGUACCCGUCGAGGUGGAGAAGCCCGUACCAUACCCAGUGAAGGUGCCAGUCGACAAGCCUUAUCCAGUUUACAAGGAAGUGCCUUAUCCAGUAGAGAAGCCAGUGCCGUACCCAGUCAAGGUUCCAGUGGCAGUACCAGUGAAAAUUCAGCAGGAAAGCCACGGCUGGGAAGGCGGUUUCGGAGGUGGCCAGGGAGGUUACGGAGGAGGCCAGGAAAGCUACGGGGGUGGCCAGGAAAGUUACGGAGGCGGCGAAGAGGACUGGGGCCACUAGUCCGGUCGCUUUUUAAUUGUUAACUUGAUGAGUGGAGGCCUGGAAGGUGACUGCUAGUGCUUGAAGACCCUCAAUGGCCAGAAGUGGCAAAAAUGCGAGUCUUAAGCAUAUCAGCAGGCUGAGUCCAGUUUGCCACUUGUCUCCAGUGAAUAUUUGUUGAUUCUUGCCAACUCAAAACCCGUACAAAAAAAUAAAUAACAAAUUCGUAGCGAGUGUUUCGUAAUCCGGUGUUGCUCAAAUUGUGAAAAUGCUUUCCGGGGUUUCGUCGAAACGAAACCAGGAAAGCGUGCAGUAUUAUUACGCAAGGGACUGUGUUAAUUAAUUUGUAUUUAUCUAUUAUUAAUGAACAAUUUAUUUUGAAAUAA